AUGCACGAGGCCAAGUGGACGCGCCAGGCCAUAGAGUUCUUCAACGAGGCGGCGCAGCAGACUGAGGGGGCCGGCGGCGGCGCCGCCAGCGCGCGCGGCAGGGAGCACAACGGCCCGGCGCUCUAUGAUCUGGUGUACGAGAAGGCCCCCGGCCGCGAGGCCCCUGCCUGCAGCAAGGUGCACCGGGACACCCACAACCCGACAGCCCUGUCCCACGACCGCGCCCUCGGCGGCCGCCUAACGACCGCGCGGCUGCACUUCCAGGCGCCGGGGCAGCUGUCCAAGCCGGAGUUUGCGCGGCGGCCGCUGAUACGGGACACGUUCUUCAGGCGCACCAACGUAGCCUUCCCGGCAGACUGCGACGCGGCGGGCGGGCAGUGA